AUGGCGGUGCCCGGGAGGGAGGCCGAGUGGGAGGGAGGCGACGGGCGGGAGGGAGUCGGGUGGGAGGGAGGGCAUCUAGAUUUAAGUAGCAAUCAGUUUAGGGGAAGCAUUCCAUCUCAGAUAGGAAAUAGCUUGGGUUUGUCAAUUUUGCGCAUGUCAGAAAACUUAUUAAUAGGACCAAUACCAAAAGAGAUUGGGAAUUGUUCUGAGCUAUAUGAGAUGGAUUUGAGCAGAAAUAAUCUGAGUGGAUUACCAGAGACUUCAGCGCAUCUGCACCAAUUACACAUUCUAAAUUUAUCAUUUAACAGUUUGAGUGGCAGAUUCGAGGACACUUUUACCCCAUUAGACUAUACCAUGGCCUUGCUUGACCAUAAUAUGGAUAUAGAUAUCUGUGGUGAUCCAAAUUAUGGCUUGAAACCAUGUGUCGUCACAGAGUUAGACAAAAAAACCAAUAAAAAUCUUGUUAUGGUACUGCUUCUAGCUUUUGGUACAUUUUGCUCCAUUUGUCUCGGAAUAGGGUGCAUGACGAUUGUUAAAAGGAGGAGGAAAUUCACAAAAGCCAACAGCAUAAGUGCACCUCAAGAUACGGUCUCCAUAUGGAAUUUUGAUGGGAAGGUUGCAUUCUAAGACAUACUUGACGCAACAGAAUGUUUUGGUUUAAAAUACUGCAUUGGUAUUGGAGUAGGGGCUGUCUUCAGAGCUGAGCUUGAAGGAGGGAGUGUAUAUGCCAUUAAACUGCUCCAUUCUGUUGAAGACUAUACUGAUGAGAAAGGAUUUCAUGCAGAAAUCCAAGUUUUGACGAAAGUCAGGCAUCGAUGCAUAGUCAAGUUGCAUGGAUAUUGUUCUCACUCCAAGUGCAAAUUUCUUGUUUACGAUCUCAUUGAAAGGGGAAGUUUAGUAUCCAAUUUGCAGGAGGAACAGCAUGCCAAGGAGCUUGAUUGGUCUAAAAGAGCUGCAGUGGUGAAAGACGUAGCUCAGCUCUCUUACCUGCACCAUGACUGUGAUGUACCCAUUAUACAUCGUGACAUCAAAAGUAGCAAUAUCUUGUUGGACCGCAAUUUUAAGGCCUAUGUGUCCAACUUUGGGAUGGCUAAGAAGCUCAAGCAUACUUGCUCAAGUUGGAGCACGAUCUUUGCAGGGACAUGUGGCUAUAUAGCCCCAGAAUUGGCAUCGACAAUGCUAUUUACAGAGAGGUGUGAUGUAUAUAGCUUUGGUGUGGUCACCAUGGAAGUAAUCAUGGGUAAGCACACAGGGGACCUGCUGCUUCCGUUCUUCUGCCGAACAGAGCAGCAUACAAAGCUCAAGGAUAUCUUGGACCAGCGCAUCACAGCACCAACGAGCGACGAGGAGAAAGACAUCAUCCUGCUCCCCCUGGUGGCCUUCGCUUGCUUGCAACAAUGCAGCAGGUGUAUCAAGCACUCACAGGCAAGAGCUGCCCAACAGACAUCCAGAAGCCCAUUCACGAAGUCAGAUUGCAAGACUUGCAUGAUUUAUGCGGCACCAUAA